UGAGGAUUAUCCACCCGGUAACACGAUCGUUGUCGUUCCAGAUAAGAUGCAAAAGUUUUACAAGGAUAAUCACGUGGCUUUGGAUCCUUAUCCAUGGGAAGAUAUCUUUGAUGAUCGCACCUCCUCCAUCUCGCGACUGUACCGUGAAGUCGAGGCGGAACAUCAUCUUGUCCAAACCAAGUUGAACGAGCGGCCUGAUAUCCCCGGCCUGACUCCCCGUGGGUUCGAGAGAUGGGUGACGCUACUGAUCCAAGCCCACCCAGACCGGGAAUACGAGAGACUCCAAAGAGCCGUCCUGGAAAUGCCAAUCAACAACCCGGACGACAGGAAGGAGCGGUUCCCCAAGGAGCUGCCUCGCCGCCUGUUCCCCGAUGUGCCUGAUCUGGCUUUGCGAGAGAAGUUAGACCACUAUUUGGUGACACACUGCAGCAUCGAAGUGCCGCCCAUCACGGAAGAAGAACGAGCCAAAGCUGCUGCAUAUCGUCCGCCGCCUUCUAGUUCAACUACCGCUCUUGGUGCCGGUGCCGGUGCUGCUGGUGCUGCUGGUGCCGGUGCUUCCGCGAAACAUAAUCGGGCAACGUCUUUCAGCUCAGAACGUUCGCCGCCUUCCAUUGAAAGAGGUCGCCGGCAGUAUCAUUCCAGGCCCGGGUCUGCUGCAGGAGACAACGACGACGACGACAACGGUGACGAAGAGGCGACGCCCGCAGCACACCCAAUCGCGAUCGAGCGCGAGAGAAAGCCCUACACAGCCCAACCUGGGGGUGGGAAGGUUUACGAUGAAGCACCCCCUAGCACCGGCGGCGCGCACCACAAACACAGUAGCUCCCUCCCGACCGGCGCGCGUGCGCACGAGCGAACCAGUUCCACCUCUGGCUACCGCUCGUCAGAACCUCAUCACAGUCAUGGAGGAUCCUCGCACCACUGGUCAUCCACGGCUCACGGGCGGCCGCGCAGUCCCUCGAUUGGCGUCCGGGCCCGAGGAGGAGGAGGAGGAGGAGGAGGAGGAGGAGGAGGAGGGGGUGACUACCGACAUUCGGAGAGCGAUCUGCUCGAUCACGAGGGCAGACGCUCGGUGACCUUUUCCAAGGGAGACUACUACAACGGGCCAUCUUCUUUAUCUUCUUCUUCCAUCCCGCCAACCACUAGUGCUAUCCCUGCCGUUGCCUCUGGUACUACCGCGGGUGACAUUAUCGAGGAUACUCGACGGUACCGCGACCUCGACCGGGACGACCAGGAACAGCUGUACGAGGCGCUACGGGAGCGGGACCGCGAACGAGAUAAAGGACGGUACAACGACCCGCGGAGCUCGAGCUCGUGGGUGAACGAUGAGGAGUAUUACCGAGGGGGGUACGAUUAUAAGUAUUAUAGAUGAGGAUGUAAUUUUUCUGU